CAAAUGGCGGACGACGCCGGUGCAGCGGGAGGGCCCGGUGGGGCCGGGGGCCCGGGGGCCGCAGCCCGCGGAGGUUUCCGCGGGGGCUUCGGCACCGGCCUGCGAGGCCGGGGACGGGGGCGAGGCCGGGGUCGGGGCCGGGGCCGCGGAGCCCGGGGAGGAAAAGCCGAGGACAAGGAGUGGGUCCCCGUGACCAAGCUGGGCCGACUGGUCAAGGACAUGAAGAUCAAGUCGCUGGAGGAAAUCUACCUGUUCUCCCUUCCCAUCAAGGAGUCGGAGAUCAUUGACUUCUUCCUGGGGCCGUCUCUGAAGGACGAGGUGCUGAAGAUCAUGCCGGUCCAGAAGCAGACCCGGGCCGGCCAGCGGACCAGGUUCAAGGCUUUUGUUGCCAUUGGAGAUUACAACGGUCACGUGGGCCUAGGCGUCAAGUGCUCCAAGGAAGUGGCCACUGCCAUCCGCGGGGCCAUCAUCUUGGCGAAGCUGUCUAUCGUCCCCGUGCGGCGGGGCUACUGGGGUAACAAGAUCGGCAAGCCCCACACCGUGCCGUGCAAGGUGACAGGGCGCUGUGGAUCAGUGCUGGUGCGCUUGAUCCCCGCCCCCCGCGGCACCGGCAUCGUCUCUGCCCCCGUGCCCAAGAAGCUGCUGAUGAUGGCGGGCAUCGAUGACUGCUACACCUCAGCCAGGGGCUGCACUGCCACCUUGGGCAACUUCGCCAAGGCCACCUUUGAUGCCAUCUCCAAGACCUACAGCUAUUUGACUCCUGACCUCUGGAAGGAGACCGUGUUCACCAAGUCUCCUUAUCAGGAGUUCACGGAUCACCUCGCCAAGACCCACACCCGGGUGUCGGUGCAGAGGACCCAGGCAGCGGCUGUGGCCACCACCUGAAUGCCAUGACAGCUAAUAAAGAUCUGAGAGAGCCUGUUC